AAACAGUUGAUCUACAAAAGCUGCGGCAUCAACAACGCAGAAAGUGAAACCGAAUUAAAACAGCUAACUCUGAACUUUGAUUCGAGGCUAAUCCGCGGAUUUAAUCACCCGCAAAAGGUCAUCACAACAGUAGCCAGAGCAUGUGGCUGACCUUGAUCACGGGAGCUCUGAUCUUGCUCCUCACCUGGGACUUUGGACGCAAGCGCCAACGAGUCCUCGCCUUUGAGAAGUCCGCGAUCCCAGGUCCCAUUUCCAUUCCGAUCCUGGGCUGUGGUCUCCAGGCUCUGCACUUGGGAGCAGAGAACAUUAUCGGAUGGGUGGGAGAAAAGUUCGACAAGUAUGGCAAGACCUUUCGUUUUUGGAUAUUGGGGGAGUCCCUGAUCUACACGAAGGACCUGCAGUACUUUGAGACCAUCUUGAGUAGCACCACUCUCCUGGAAAAGGGUCAACUCUACGAGUAUCUGCGACCUUUCCUAAACGACGGCCUGCUUGUCAGCACGGGUCGAAAAUGGCACGCCAGAAGGAAGAUUUUCACACACGCAUUCCACUUCAAAGUCCUUGAACACUAUGUGGAGAUCAUGGAUCGACAUAGUAGCGUCAUGGUGGAUAAUCUGCGAAAGGUGGCCGAUGGUAAGACAGCGGUGGAUAUGCUCAAGUAUGUGUCGCUGGCAGCUCUUGACGUGAUAACAGAGGCUGCCAUGGGUGUACAGGUGAAUGCCCAGAACGACCCCGAUUUUCCCUACAUCAAGGCGCUGAAAAGUGUGGUCUAUAUCCAACCGGAUCGCAUGUUCAGGUUCUCGAGGCGCUACAACUGGCUGUUCCCGCUGGCGGCACCUUUGCUGCACCGGCAACUGCUGAGCGAUAUCCGCGUCAUGCACGACUUCACCGACAAGGUCAUCAGCGAGCGGCGAGAAACCGUGCGGCGGGCUAAGGCCGACGGCACCUAUCGACCGCUGAGUCUGGGUGAUGCCGAGAUCGGUAGCAAGUCGCAGAUGGCUCUGCUGGACAUCCUGCUGCAGUCGAGCAUCAACAAUCAGCCCCUGUCCGAUGCGGAUAUACGCGAAGAGGUCGACACCUUUAUGUUCGAGGGCGACGACACCACCAGCAGUGGUGUGUCCCACGCCCUCUACGCCAUCGCCAGGCAUCCCGAGGUUCAGCAGCGCAUCUUCGAGGAGUUGCAGCGUGUCCUGGGCCCGGACGCCUCUGCUCCAGUGACCCAAGCCCAGUUACAGGACCUAAAGUACCUGGACUGCGUGAUCAAGGAGACCAUGCGACUGUAUCCUCCAGUGCCUGCCAUCGGUAGGCACGCGCAGAAGGAGCUAGAGAUCGGAGACAAGACCAUUCCCGCCAACACAAGCAUUUACCUGGUUCUCUACUACGCCCAUCGGGAUGCGAACUACUUUCCAGAUCCCCUCAGCUUCAGGCCAGAGCGAUUCUUGGAGGACCAAGAGCAAGGCCACAAUACCUUUGCCUAUGUGCCCUUCAGUGCGGGACCCAAGAACUGCAUUGGCCAGAAGUUUGCCGUUCUGGAAAUGAAGGUCCUGAUCAGCAAGGUCCUCAGGUUCUAUGAACUGCUGCCCCUUGGAGAGGAGCUCAAACCCAUGUUGAACUUCAUCCUGCGCUCAGCUUCGGGCAUUAAUGUUGGUCUAAGGCCCAGGAAGGCAUUGCGUUGAGGUUUCGGUUUAAGGUAAAUGGGAUGUUCGUGAUACUUAGUAAUAGUAAGCAUUAUUAUCUAAUCGUUAAGUACUUAUAACACUGUUGAUUUAUUGGUAAAUAACCGUAGCGUCUAUUAAAUAAUUGAUAUUGACAUAUUUUCC